UUACCCUCAAUUACAAAAGCCUUACAUCUAACAUUCUUUUUACCUUUUCUUCUUUCUCCUCUACUAGCCCUAGAUCUCUCCUACCUUUCCUCCAUUGCUAUUCUCUGCUAUUUCACUGGCUAUCGGAACUCAUAAAUUAAAAUCCGGAAUCUGCCUCUGAUUCAUUCUGGGAGACAAAAUGUCCGAGGGAGCUGUCCCAAAACUCGGCACCACAAUCCACAUCACAGCCCUUGAUGGGAUCAUCAACGUCAACUCCCUUUUCACAUUUGCAGUGUUCAUCGGACUAGCUUGGAACCCGCAAGAUCAAGGCAACAGUCUCUCCGAUAACCAGAACUGUUUCGCGGGGCCCAAGGUCGCCGAGGACCUUGUAGCGUUCCACGUGUACUCAUUCAGUUGUUUCCUGUUUUCUAGCCUCAUUGCUUUGUGCCUUAAGCAGGCUAUUCGACUUGCGAAGUCAGCACAUUUCCCUACCGUCUUCUCGGUCGACUUGGCCCUCAUCAACAGAAACGCCCUUCGGGUCGGGUACUUGGUCUCUGCUGCGGGUUCUGUUUGCGGGUCGGUGUGUUUGAUGCUUGCUCUGAUCAAUAUGGUUCAAAUCAAGCUAGGGGUUUUUGGAUGUGGGAGCAAACAUACCUAUGGUGCUGUUAUUCCACUUGUGAUUUUUGUUCCAUUAGGACUCCUUAUUUAUGUUUGUACUGUGUUUUAUGCUUUCACUCGUUAAUUAGAUCACUUCUCGCGUUUUUUUUGGGUCAUUGUAUGAGUGUAUUCAAUGUAUACUUAUUAGUAACACCUCAAUGCAUCAAAAAAAACAUUAACUGUAUUUUUUGUCAUCCUAUCGCCCGGCUCAGCAAACUUCGCUAGGGUGCAAAUAUCUAAAUUUGAUAUUUUUAGAUGCUUUUCAAA